AUGAAGGGAUUAAUUGAAGCCUAUGAUGCCCGGAGUUACAACGAAUUCUACAUGGCUAUGUCAUGUGACGACAGAGACGAUAUCUAUGACGAAUACGGGCCUCAGUGGAAAGAAACCGCCGAGCACUCAAUCAAUAAUUACAUCGCCGGCAUGUUAUCAAAACAACUGGCCAUGCGGUUCGAAGAAAUACUCAUGACUAACUACCAUAAUCGCCAAUGCCAACACCCAGCUAACACUUUAGAUGGAGAAUACUGGUUGGAUCAACUGAUGUCAGCUAACAAGAUCAAUAAACAACAGUUUCUAACUGACCUGACCCUAGUGAUGAACAAAGUGUGUACAAGGAAAAACGCCUUCGUCAUUGAAGGACCGACUACAACUGGAAAGACCCUAUUUGUCAAACUCAUUGCCGAAAACUACAUCUACGGCACAGUCCAAAGAUCAGGAGACCAUUCUCAAUUUUUUUUAAUGAACUUGUUGAACAAAGCACUCGCUUUAAUGGAAGAACCUCGCAUUACCCAAUUGACAGUUAAUGAUUUUAAAGAAUUACUCGGUGGCAACCCUUUUGAUAUUCACGUCAAACACCAGAAAGAUGAACGAUUACAAAGAUUACCUGUGCUCAUCACCACGAACAAUAAUUUGGUAUACUAUGUACUCGACCCAGACGGAAAAGCCAUAUUGGAACGUUGUUUUUAUUAUAAAUUUCUUGUAAAAGUAGGGAGUGAAGAGCUCCCAGAACCACCUUGCCACUUAUGUACUUGCCAUUUUCGCAACUGGUACUUCAAAAGUAUUUAA